GACCUUACCAAAUAAUGUUCAAAAAGAAAAAAGACAAUGAAAUAUACACAUUUUGUGUGUGCUACUUUGAUCAGUUAAAGCCAUUGUAAUAUGGUAAUCUAUCUUGAACACACAACAUGUUCAUAGAUGACCUUGUUUCCGUUGAAUCACGAGUUAAGUAAACUUAUUCGCGAGUUAUUGUAGAUAAACAGAACCAUUGGUUUGCUGUUUCUUUAAAUAUCCCAAAAUAUUUUCACCAAAUCCAGAUGGUAAAAUUUUUCUCUUGUCUAUUGAAGAAGCGGAACAUGGUUGGAUCGCUGCCCGUUCAUUAUGUUGACACCAAAUACGAGAAAGCCACUUUUGGCAUGGGCUGUUUUUGGUCUGGUGAAUCGCUGUUCGGGGGGCAAAUUGGUGUAUUGCGAACAAAAGUAGGGUAUUCAGGUGGCACCAGUCCAACGGCCAAGUAUAGAGAAAUAGGCGAUCACGUGGAAUGCGUUUCAGUGGAUUAUGAUCCAAAGAAAAUUUCUUAUAAGCAACUAUUGGACUUAUUCUGGAACAAUCAUGAAUACGGAUUAACCAAGCGUGUCAAACGGCAAUACUCGUCGUUGAUUUUGUACCAUACCGAUGCACAAAAACAAGCGGCCAUGGAAAGUAUACAAGAGGAGAGAGUUAAACGUGCACCAGAAAUCAUUAUUACCGAAAUUGCUGAAGCUGGCCCAUUUCAUCCAGCAGAAGAUUAUCAUCAGAAAUUCCGAUUGCAAGCACAUAAGGAGUUCGUGAAAAGUCUACAGCUCAACAGUGAAUUACUUCUGAAAUCAUUCGUAGCAGCAAAAUUGAACGGAUAUUUAGUUGGCGUUGGUGGCCUAAAACAAUUCGAAAAAGAAUCUUCCGAAUUGGGACUGAGCCCAACGCAACUUGAAUAUGUUAGAAAAUAUGUCAUAAAAAAUGCUGGUGCUGGACUUUCUUGCUAAUUAAUUUAAUUGUAAAAAAGAGUGCCAGCUCACAAAUUUGAUGACAUUCAGCAAAUAUCAACAGAUGAUAACGUCAAAAUUAUAUUCUUUGAAUGUGGCAUAAACGUCAUGCCACGGCUGCUGAAAUAGAGCACAAACU